AUGCUCUCACUCUGCGGUCUUGCCCUCCUCCAGGUCAUCGCAGGCGUUCGAGGCAACCCUUUUCAGUGGGCUUUGGCGGCUCUUCAGGAGGAGAAGCCAACCUUCAGUGUCACCCCGCAGUCCUCGGAUAUUUGUGACGCGGGGUCGCGGCAAUGGACAGGAACGGUCAGCGUGACGGAGGAAAAGUCCAUGUUUUUCUGUACCGGCCCCGGAGCAACUGGCGAGCUUGGCUUAUUCAAAGAUAUUGGGCCAUGUUCUGUCAACAAAGAUGGCAACUCUACUUCGCGCAACAAAUAUUCAUGGACAGACCACGCUAAUGUCCUAUUCAUUGAUCAGCCUAUUGGCGUCGGGUUCUCAAAAGCUAAGAGUCGCUAUAACAUGGCCAAGAAUAUCCACGAGGCAGCCCAGGAACUCGAAAAGUUUCUAUCUGUCUUCGUAAGCGAAGUGUUCCCUGAGCUUGCCUCCAAGCCAUGGCAUUUCGCUGGGGAGUCCUUCGGUGGCCACUACGUCACCUAUUACCUCCAUCAUCUCUUCAAUGAGAAGCUCCACGAAUCUCCUCUCCUGAACGUCUCUUCGGCCAUCAUAGUUGAUGGCUAUAUCGAUGGAACUAGACAAAGUGCUGGCUACUACGAUUUCUUCUGCCAGAACUGGCGCGAGGAUGGGAGUGAACCUCUUAUGAGCACCAGAGAGUGUGAGGAGAUGGCUUCACAUGUACCUGAAUGUGAGCGCCUGGGAGAGCUUUGCCGCAAGACCCUCGACGUAGAAGUCUGCCACUUAGCAGCCACUCGCUGCGAAUGGACGGUGGGUAAACACUUUCUCGAUAAUGUCAAGCCCGGAGGAUGGAACCCGUACGACAGCAGAAAGAAAUGCGUUGAACCACCUAUUUGUUCUGACUUGGACGGCGGAGCAACACUUCAGUUCCUCAACAGGCCAUGGGUUCAAGAACGGCUAGGAUUCUCUGAUGUUGCAUUUGAGCUCAUUGACUUUGAUUUGAACAGACAGUGGGACACCGAAGGCACUAUUUACCUUCCUACCACGAAACAACUAACGUGGUUACUCGACGAGACUGACAUCCAUGUGCUAUUCAUUAACGGUAACAAUGAUAUUAUCAUUAACACGCCGGGCCAGAUGCGGCUCCUCGAUGAACAACCUUGGAGUCGACAGGCUUGGUAUCGGGCUCAGCGCUACAGCAACUGGUAUGUCGAAGAUGGAGAGCUCUCUUCCAGCCCCAAUAGCAAGAAAGCCAGGCAGGGUGGAACUUGGAAAGGCGACGAACGUCUCGCUCUUUUCACUGUAGAUGAAGCUGGACAUACUUGUCCCUUUGACCAGUCCGAGGCCGUAGGCGCAGUGGUUAGAAAUUGGAUCAGACUAGAUUCUGUUCAAGGGCAACCGCGCAGUACUGAUAGUAAGGGUUAUAAAGAGCUUCAGGCCUAUAAAGUAUGA